AUGACUAACCAAUCAAUCUCUGCUCAGUAUUUCCCAGAGGAGCCAAAGGAACCUGUUGUUAAAUCCACCAAAGGUAGCAACUCCAAGCAAGCCAUUGAAAGUUUAGGAAAGGUUUUUGAUGCUCGGGGUGCCUAUUUUGUUGCCGAUUAUGCUAAGUCGUUGGGAAAUUAUAUUGCUGAUGUUGACGGAAACUUGUAUUUGGAUGUUUACGCUCAAAUCGCUUCGAUUCCAUUGGGUUACAACAACCCAGCAUUGAUUGAGGUUGCAAAAUCGGACAAAAUGAUUAGAGCUAUAGUUGACAGGCCAGCUUUAGGAAACUUCCCAGGUAAUGAUUUGGACGAGAUUGUCACCGACAUUUUAAAGGUAGCCCCUAAAGGUCAAAAUAAAUUAUGGUCUGGUUUGUCUGGUGCCGAUGCUAACGAAUUGGCUUUCAAGGCUACAUUUUUCUGGUAUCAAGCUCAAAAGAGAGGUUAUAACAGUGAUUUCUCCCCAGAAGAAGUUGCUUCAGUCAUGCAUAACCAAGCUCCUGGUGCGCCAGAGUUGGCUAUCCUCUCAUUUGAGCGUGCAUUCCACGGUAGAUUGUUCGCAUCAGGAUCCACCACAUGUUCCAAACCAAUUCACAAAUUGGAUUUACCAGCUUUCAAGUGGCCAAAAGCUCAAUUCCCUUCUUACAAGUAUCCAUUGGAAAACAAUGUUGAAGCCAAUAAAAAGGAAGAUGAAAGGUGCUUGAAAAUUGUUGAAGACUUGUUCAAAACUUGGUCUGUUCCAAUCGCUGGUGUUUUAGUUGAGCCAAUUCAAUCUGAAGGUGGUGACAACCAUGCAUCUGCUGAAUUUUUCCAAGGUUUAAGAGACAUCACCUUGAAGCACGGUGCAUUGUUAAUCAUGGAUGAAGUUCAAACUGGUGUUGGUGCUACCGGUGUUAUGUGGGCUCAUGAAAGAUUCAACUUGCAACCACCUCCAGACCUUGUUACAUUUUCAAAGAAGUUCCAAUCUGCUGGUUACUUUUACCACGACCCAGAAAUCACUCCAAACAUGGCUUACAGACAAUUCAACACUUGGUGUGGAGAUCCAGCUAGAAUGACCUUGGCUGGCGCAAUUGGUAAGGAAAUCGUCAAGCAUGAUUUGACUGCUAGAGCAUCCGAAGUAGGUGAUUACUUGUACAAGAAGUUGGAAAAAUUGCAAGAGAAAUACCCAAAACAUAUGCGUGACUUGAGAGGCAAAGAUAGAGCCACGUUCAUUGCCUGGUCCUUGGAAAACUCAGCAGCAAGAAACAAGUUUUUGAGUGACAUGAAGGAAGUUGGUGUUAACAUUGGAGGAUGUGCUGAAGACUCUGUUAGAUUGAGACCAACUUUGGUGUUUGAAGAGAAACACGCAGAUAUCUUGGUGGAUGCUAUUGAUAAGGUCUUGUCCAACUUUUAG